AUCAUUUAUCACAAAUGUCAAAAUCUCAAUAAUUGUGAUAGCUGUGUUCUAAGUUCUAACUAGAAUUUAACAUUUAACUAGGUACUUUUUAUGCAACUGUCUACUGGAACUUGGAAGUUCGAAGUCGACUGUUUAGUGUUUAUGUCACAGUCUCCAAUUGCCGGUGUUUUCCGUCCAUUUAAAAAUAAUUCAAUUUAUUAAUAGAAAUUCCAAAAAAUGUCCGUUCAGACAGUUUUAGUGGAUUUCUCCAUAGAUCCGGCAAGAUUGGCUGAUGAAAAUGGGCAGAAAACUGUUUUUGACCAAUUAGAAACAGUUCUUAAAGAGAAUUUUUCUACUCUCAUAAUCGCCGCCGACAUCAAAGUAGGAGACGGUUCUCUUAAAAUUCUUACUGGAAAAAACGGUUUGACUGUAUCUGUUAGACUAUUUGAUCGGGGUCUCGUCACUGUUAAUGUAGAAUAUUAUAAAGAGGACAAUGAGGACCCAAUAAUCACAUACAAGUCAGCAAAAGAAUUGGGAUGCCAAAUGAGUAAACAUGUGACAGCUACAAGGUCACAAGCUUUGCCUCCAUUAAAAAGGUGCCUCUUUAGUCGAUACUUUCCAUCUUCAGAUGGAAGGCUACUCGAGUAUGACAUUGACGGAGUGCUAUUCGACGAGCAGAGUGACUUCCAGAGGGUGCAGAUUGUGCACUCUAAGACCCUCGGGAACAUGUUGGUGCUUGAUGAACUACAAAAUAUAUCCGAAGCUGAUCUAAUUUACACAGAGACCCUGAUGCAGAGAGGCCGAGAGAGUUACGAAGGAAAAGAAAUUGUCAUUCUUGGUGGUGGUGACGGCGCAUUGCUCUACGAACUAUUGAAGGAGAAGCCGAAGUACGUGUGGAUGUUGGAGAUUGACGACCUGGUGAUGAAGGCGUGUAACAAACACCUCACCGCCAUCUGCGGGGACGUGCUGGAGAGACGGACCGGACCCAACUACGAGAUAAUCGUGGAAGACUGCAUGUUGACAGUCAAGAAGUUCAUAAAGGAGAACAAGAAGUUGGACUACAUAUUCGGCGACCUCACCGACAUCCCGAUAUCGGACGAGCCCUGCGGAGAGCUCUGGGAGUUCAUGAUCAAUAUCCUCAACUCGGCCUUCAAGAUACUGAAACCGAGCGGCAAGUUUAUGACGCAUGGUAACGGCGCAACAUCGGCAGACUCACUCGAGAUGUACGAACAGGUGCUGAUGAAGAUGAAACCCGCGGUCACGUUCAGCAAGACCAAGGCGUUCGUGCCCUCGUUUUUCGAGGAGUGGAUCUUCUAUCAGAUCGCGUUCAAGCACCAAGAAUAAAGUUCCUGCAGUAACUAGUGCUAAGUCAUAUAUAGUGUCGUAAGCAAAAUGUCUGCUUCAAGUUUUCUACGUCUCCAUUAAAAGUACAUUUAUUUCGGCAAGAUUAUCAAGUAUAUCAGUAUUCACCAAUGGGAGGCUCCCUUCAACAGGAUGCCGGCUAGAUUAUGGGUACAACAAAGGCGUCAUUUUCUGCCGUGAAGCAAUAUGUGUAAACAUUAUUGUGUUUCGGUCUGAAGGGCGCCGUAGCUUGGGAAAAUGACACUUAACAUCUUAUGCCUCUAGGUGACGAGCGCAAUUGUAGUGCCGCUCAGAUUUUUUUAGGUUUUUCAAAAAUCCUGAGCGGUACCUACUGCAGUACAAUGGGCAGGGCAUGUCAAUUGCCAUCAGCUGAACGUCCGGAUCGUCUCGUCCCUUAUUUUCAUUAAAAAAAAAGUAUUAUUCAAUAAUAUACUAGGUACAGGACAAAGUUCUGGGCUAUAAUGGAUAUAUUAGGCAAUAUAAAAUACUUAACUAUGUUGAAGUGAUGUGUAAAAAUUGUUUCAUAUGAGAAUUUCCUCAGAAAAAUCUAAGGCAAAUAAAUAGGCCUAAGGAGCCAUUUUUGAUGUGUUAAAGAAGUUCAUAAAAAAUGUAGAUAUUAAUAAAAUCUGUUUGAGUUUGUCACUUUCACUGUCCAACUAUUGAACUCAAUUUAAGUAAUGAAAUAUUUAAACUGUAAACAUUUCUUUUUAUGCAGCUAGUUAUGUACCUAUGCCAUUCAUAAUUAUAUGUAGCACCAUUGUAAAAAAAGCGUAAAUUUGCGAAGCAAUUAGUUUUAGUGCAAUUCCAAUUAAUUUUUUUUUUAAUCCUUCGAUGCUAUACGAAAUUGCGUCGCUCGAAUUCAAAAAGUUCAAUGCCCGAAAUUAUCUCUGCUACGAAACCUUGGGAUAGCAUUUAUACUAUUUUAUGUUAAAAAACUUGAAGCAGUCAGGUGCUUGUACCAUAGUGAACAGUGUCUAGUGUUAGAUGUACCAAUUGUUUAUUAUUUUAAGUGUUUUCCCUUUGCUACGUUCAUUAGAUGUAAGUAUAACUAUCUACUAUCGUCAGUAUUCAUCAAUAACUUUGAAAUCCAUGCAACUACUUGAAACAUUACCAACGCAAAGUAAAUUUUCUUAAAGAAGAAAUUGUGCAUGAAUGAUAGUUGAAAAAAACAUUACAUGGAACAGUAACUUACUCUUUUUUCUCCCUGACGCAAUCUUGCAUGAAGCUUUCGAUUGCCUUCGACGCUGUUUUGAAAUAGAACAUAUAUUUUCUUUUCCAUUCUGAUCUGUAACAAUAGUUACAUAUAACUUUAUAAAUAAAUUAAUUUAAAACCACUGAUGAAAAACAUGACUUUUCUAUUGCAUGAUUUCAGCGGUUACAUUUAUUUUUGAUUAUUGUAAGUUGGACUAUCUUGUAAAACAUUUAAUUAACAGCCUUUAAUUUACAAGUAUGUUUUUGUUAUCAUAUCAAUUUACUCUCAUCGGCCUUACCAUCCGGCCGGAUACCGGAUGGUAAAAUUUAAAAAACUACUAAUAUCUCUAAUUGAAAAAGCUACUGCCAUGUUCUGAAAGAUAAAUUCUAGCAAAAUUUGACAACUGCGGACAGGGGCGGAUCUUGAAUUUGUGGGGCCCUGGGCUAAUACUGCUUAGGGGCCCUACCUAAUUACUUAACCAAUUGCCAUUUUGUCGUAUAUUAUAUGAUGUUAAGUACAGGAAGAAAAUAGGAAAACCAAAUAUUUCAUUUAUUUAUUAAAACAUUAUUUAUUGCAAAAUAAAUUGACAGGUUAUGAAUGGUUAUGUUAUAUAAAUUAGUCUAUUGCUUUCAGUUCGGUUGGGGGCCCUCUGUAUCCACGAGGCCCUGGGCUGCAGCCCAAAAAGCCUUUAAGUAGGUCCGCCCCUGACUGCGGAUACUGACUCAAAUUAACUGACAACUAACGGCCGUUCCCAAUAUUCAGUCUAUCUCUUACUUGAGAUAAAAAUCAUAACUAUGGUUGACUUUUCUGUCCCAAUAAACUUAUCGACGGUUACUCACCUUAUCCGUACACGCUGUCCGUCAUUGUGACGACGUAUAGCUUACCGAUAGACGUUUGUAUGGAAAUUGCAAUUCACGCGUCCUAAUAUAAGGCGAUAAGAAUGACUUAUCGGGUACAUUGGGCCAGCUUCAGAUUGUUGACAGCUAAUUACUGACAGUAUAAGGUAGUAAUUUAUCUGUAGAUAGUAUAUUGGGAACGGCCGUAAAUGGGUCGUGAUUGCGAUCGAUUGUAUAUCUAUUAAAGAAAAAGUCAAUCUCCUUAUCAAUUGUAUUUUGUUUUUCUUGAUCGUGAAGAUCCCUACUACUUUUAUACUUUGCCACUUCAUUGAAACAGUCCCUAAAAGUUUCAUGAGCUUCACUUUAGAAGUUGGAUUUAGUUUUAUCUUCCUUCAGUCGCUUGUUGAAGUAGUUUCUGAUCGCGUUGUGUAACGCGAUAAAGGGCCGAUAUCCGGCCAAACCACUAUCUGUUUCACCUCUACUUGUCACAAUAUUGACAGAUACCCGAAAUAUUUUAAAUAGUUCUUUCAUACGCAUGCGUAGUAACGGACUUACUCAUAUAAGAUCAGUAAGGUUUGAUACUCCACCUCGGGAAGUGCCUUCGUUUCGACGUGACAACUGGGAGGUCUAUUACCAAAAUCGUCAACCGAAGUUUCGGUCCAAAACGAAAGAACGAAGAACUCCAAAUUAAAUCCUAUUACGAAAGUACCUCGGAUCCGAAUCGUGCGCACGGAUAUAGUUUCGAAACCAUAGACAUAAGUGAAUUUGGGAAUAAGGUAAACGAAAGACAAAAUGUUUAAUCACGAACUUCGUUUCGAUCUUCGGAUCCGAAACACUUUCGUAAUUGGAAAAUAUACGAUCCGUCAACCGAAACUUCCUAUUUUGAUUUUCGUAAUAGGGCUUCUGGGCCGAAAGUGUGUCAUUUAUUUUGUAUACAUAUGCAAACAGAAAAGUUGCAUGAGAGUCUGUUUUUUUUCGAUUGGCUAUUGAAUAUUUGACCGAGAUUGACAUUGGCGUUUAGAAUAUUUUAGAUUUUUUGAUUUGAUUUUUACAAUUUAUUUGCUAAAAUGAUUUUAUUAUAUGUAUGUAUGUUGGGGAAGUGCGAUUUUACUUCUCGCGUGUAUCGAGAUCCUUCACUUCGUCUCUUGCCUAUAAAUUGUACCCGCGUUAGGAAUCUCUAACUUUCUCCCCUCGAGUGUCAGUGUACUAUAUUAAAAUGUUGUGCUAAUGUUAAAUUAAAAAAUACGUGGCCAGUACCCACAAUGACAACAACGAGAAAAAUCAAGCCUUUUUCUUGCGUUUCGCAAAAUUUGUCCAUGAGUGUAUAAUAACCUAAGCAAUUUCUUGUUGAGACAAAUUAUUCCAUUGAUGUAUUUCUAAUAGACCAAUAAGAGACUUAGCUACACCCAGUCAAAAUAUAACGUUUCCCUACAUAAUAUUUCACUUGGUUUCAAGAUAAUAAUUUUAAAAAUAAAUUGUGCUCGAUCUUUGGUGUGUCCAUAUAACCAGAGAUAGAAAAAUGUUCGGCUUGCGUGUGAUUUUAAAAUUUAUUUUUGUUUAUAGUAUUCAGGAGUAUUAUUUCGUUAUUGUUAAUUCGAUUUUUAUUAAAAUAUUAAUCAAUAUGAAAAAUUACAAAAACCAUAUUAAAAAUUUACCUUACAUUAUGUACCAUAAAAACUUUAACUUCUACACUGAUUUUAAUACAUAUUGCGGUAUACCAGCUUAUUAUUAAAACAUUGUGCACUCGCGCGUAUUUUAUUUACAUUUAUAUUCAUGCUUAUUUCAUAUAUAAGCAAAAACAUAAUUUGUGAAAUAAAAUAUUUGUAAAUUAUAUUUACACGGGUCAAAAGAUAAGAGAGAGGGGUGAAGAAAUAAAAAACACUAACCCCCUUAUUCAUAAUGGUCCGCUAACUUUCAACAGCCGCUAAGGAGUGUUUUCUCUCAUUCUGACUUAGGUCAAUAGAAGAAGACAGAGUGCGAAUUAGCAAUGCUUUAAGUUAGCAGACUAUUAUGAAUAAGGGGGUAAGUCAGAACAUAUUGUGCGAAUAAUACUUCGAUAAUCGGAGUUUUUAGUAUUAACUAUAUUAAACAGUCCAGUAUUAUUAAAAUGUUACCUACUUCGUGUUUGCGUCUAACCAGAACUAGCAAUAUAUUAAAGGUUUAGUGAUUUUUAAGAUGUAUGUUGAUAAGUUGUGUCUGUUUUUGUUUAUUAAUUAAAAUAUUUGAAAACGCA